AUGGAUAAAGAGUUAAUCAAAUGUAAUUCACAAGUAAACAAUAAUACAAAUAAUGAAAUGAAUAAUAAUACCAUUACUGUUACUUCUACAAACAGUGAAUUGUCAAAAUAUUCUGGAAGACAUUUAGCUAUUGCUGAUGAAUGGAUUCAAGCAACUGAAGCAAGAUAUGAUUCAAUGGAAAAUUUAUUACAAUCAGUACGUCAUGAUAUAGAUGUAUUAACAGAACGUUUAGAUCAGACAACACCAACAUCACCUGAACUUAUAAGAUCAACAACAACAACAACGGUAAGGAUUGAUAAUAAACAAACUAAUAUUGAAGAGAAAAGCUCACCAUCAAAAUUGGAACAGUUAAAAGUAUCAUCAUGUCCACUUCAAAAAGAAAUAAGUCAAUCUUCAUUAGUAUCUCAUCAAAAGGAUUUAUCAGAUAACUUAAAAUGUAUCCCUGAAAAAGAACUAUUAGGUUUAAUGGCUGACAAAGAUGAGUUUAUGGAUAUACGGAUCCGUCCAAUAAAAAAUCGACUUUCCAACUCCAACGAGGAUGAAUUAUUUGAUUCUAAUAAUAUUCGUCAAUUUAAUGAUAAUCGUGAUGAUAAUGAUCACUACAAUAAUGCUACUACCACUGCUAAUAAUAAUAAAUGUAGUAUUGGGGAAGAUAAAUAUUUAACAAAAACAUGGAGAUCACCAUCUGAUUUCAAUCUACAUGAUCCAUUCUAUGAUAAUUCAUACGGUUUCACCAAUGAACCUUAUGAUAAUUUUAAUACUAACAAUGCUAAUCAGCUUAGAACCAUGCAUUAUGUUAAAAUUAGACAAAUGGAAAGUAGCCAUAGAAUAAAUGAUGAAAUUAAUAAUGACGAUGAUGAUGAUGAAGUUAUUGAAUAUAAUUUUCCUUCACAUGAUCACCAUUCCAUGAUAGAAACUGAUUUGGAUGAUUAUCAACCAGAUAAGCAAGAGAAUAGUACUACAGAAUCGGAGAACAGUUUGUCACCUGCUAUAUCACCAACAUUUGGUAAUUUAGCCUCAGACGAAAUCAAAUUACAAAAUAUGAUUAUAUCAAAUAAUGAUACAAUUACGUUAUCAAUCAGUAAUAAAUAUUUGACUGAAAAUAACAAUGAUGUGAAUAAUAGAAAUUUAAAUAGUGAGGAUUUUAAAGUCUAUGAUAAUGGGCAUUCAUUAACUACAAUUGAUGAGGCUUCGGAAGAGAACGAUGAUGAUGACUGGUCGUCAUAUGAACAUGAAAUUUCUAUAAAUAAUGGUAACAGUAAUAAUACUACUGAAGAACCCAUGGAAGAUAUUAAGAUUUCAAAACCUUCGUUUGAAUAUUACAAAGAUGAUAAAAUACCAAUAAAUCAAUUAACAAGUCAGGGAUUUGAAUCAUCCUGUACCAAUAGUAAUGAUAAUAAUACUGAUAGGCAGGAGCAUAUUAUAAGACAAAAUGAAAAUGUUAACCAAAUUGCUUUAGAAAAUCGACAGCAACAAAUUGAGACGAUAAAAUAUAAUAUCGAUAACAACAAUAGCAAAACUAAUUCAUUUGUAUGUAAUGAAAAAUGUAUAAGUACAAGUGUAUACAGUCAACAGUCACCUAAUAUUGUUCUAUUACGACCUAAAAAAGUAGAUAAUUCAUGUAUAACUACAAAUAAUUUUAAAUCACGACCAGUUUCAGCUGAAAUUCGUAAUAUUAAUAUCAACAAUAGCAAUAAAAAACUAGAAAAGUCACAUUCUGGUUCUUUAACUUCUAUGCUAUCAACAAUAAGUCAAGAAGGUGUUAUCAGUGAAGCUGAUUCCUAUGUAACUGUAUGCAGUAAUCUAAUUGGUACAGGCAGUGAGGAAGCUUAUAUAACAGCACAGAGUGAUUCAGAUGCAUUCAAUGAACAAACAUUAUAUACAAAUUCUCACACAGAUGAGGAAAAUGAUUACCAAACAUUAUCAUGUAAAAAAGUUAAAACAUUGUCUUGUCGUAGUCAAAAACGUAAAUAUAAUACCGAUCCAGAUCUGGAUAGUCAGUCAGCAUCGGAUUUAGAAAAUGAUAAUGAGACUAUUUUAGAUUCAACGUUAAGCACAUCGACACCAGUAACGGUUACGCCGAAAUUUACUAAAUUACCAUCAAAAUUAAUUGCAUCCUCUGAAAAUGCUGUCGAAUUAAAACCAAAUGAUAAUGAAACAUUUAAUGAAAAAACAUAUAUUAUGGAUAGUAAUAAUAAUAAUGGUAAUUUAUGUGAUAUGCAUAAAUAUGAAGCAUUAUCAAUAAAUGUUAAAGAUGAAUCGAAUGAAUUGGAAGUUAAUGAUAAUAACAAAAAGAUUUCUACAGCUUCAUACAAACGUGUUAAACUGAAACGACCAAAUCGUUCCAAUAAUAACUUAACAGAUCUAUUGUCUGACAAAUUGCAUUAUUCAGAUUCCGAUAAUGAAUCCAGUGAUUCCAUAUCAAAUUCAUCAUCACCAUCAUCAUUCACCUCAUCGUCAUCAUCCGAUGAUCUAAACGAAGCUCAUUACGAUACAUCACAACCAGAAUCAUGGAUUGGUACGAAUGUCAAACAGUUAGGCGGUGUAAUUCUACCAGAUAUGAGACGACCAAAUUAUCAUAUGACCACAAAUGAAUCUAAAAAGAAACGUUUAUCAAAAAUCGUUGAAACAAGUCAAAGUUCACUAAAUGAUGAUGAUGAUAAUAAUGAUGAGGAUCAACAAAUUAUUUCUUUUAGUUCUGUUGAUGAAAACCAUAAAUUAUCUCCAUCAUCAUCAUCAUCAUCAUCAUCAUCAUUACAAAGAGAUGAAGCUUUAUUUAUUUUACCAAAUGUUUCUAGUAUAAAUACACCGACAUUAUCAAACAACAUAUUUAAUUCUGAUACGUUUAAACCAGAAAUGAUCAAUAAGAACACAAGGGCGUUGACUCAAUCUAAUAAUUCAUUGGCUGAAAACUAUGAACCAGUCACACCCGUUUUACAAUAUACCGAUGAUAAUGAUAAAAAUAUUCUUGUUAGUAAUCAACAAAACCAACAAUUUUCAAUCAAUCAGUAUAGAAAAGAAAAUGCAAAUUUAAAAUCGGAAUCAAAUAUAGUUAAUUUACAAUCUGAAAAUAACAAUAAUGAAUAUGAAAAAUUAAAUAAUUCAGAUAAACAUGUAUAUAAUACUGAAAUAAUUAAACCACAGGAAAUUAUUGUAACUUGUAAGGAAGACAGAUCAAGUCGAAAAGAAAUCAUUGAAAAUCACUCUGAAAUAAUGUAUAAUAAUAUACGACUACCUCAAACAUCAUCAUCGUCAAUGUCAUCAACAUAUACCAGAAAGGAACACUUCUUUCCAAAACACUUGAACACUAAUGAACGGCCAUUAUUGAAUGAAGAGAAACGUUCAUAUAGAAACAAUGAACAUAUUCAAAUCAUUCAAAGUUCUAAUUCACCUCAAAUGUAUACAUCAAAUUUAUAUGAAAAUAAUUUAACCGAUUCAAAACAUACAAAUGAAAUAAUACAACCAAAUUUUCACAAAUCAUAUUCAAAUGAACAUCAUGAUUGUAACAUAUAUGAGAAAAAUCAUGAUAAUCAAGCUUUUAGAUCAACAAAUGGUUUAAUAACUAUUAAGGAUGAAACAAAAUUAAAUAAACCAUAUGAAAAUCAUACAGAAAAUUUUUAUGAUAAUGAAUUAGAUGAAUAUACUCGAAUAAAUAAAACAUCAGGUUAUGUUAAAAAUCAAUCAAUAAUAGGAGCAACAUCAUCAACAAUUCUUACUAAAUCCCCAUUUAUUAUAGAAGAUCGAUCAAGGAAUAUAGAUAACAGUAAUAAUACAUCAUUGUUACAAAAUAAAAAAACCUUUGAGACAAUUAAGCAACCUACAUCAAUUCAUUAUUAUGAACUAACAAAAGCUGAACAAGAUGACAUUCAAUUAGCAUCACAAAGAAAAAGUCGUAUUUUACAAGGUGAUUGUGGUAAUUUAGAUAAUUUAGUUCAUAAUUCUACUAAAUACAAACCAGGACCAAUUUUGUCCGAAAAAGAGUCCAUAGGCAAUCAAAUAAUUACUAAUUUAAGUGUAUCUGAAAACUGUCGACAAAAUAUUCUUGAAGUAAGAGAAAUAAAUGGAGACAGAAAUUAUGAACCAGUCCAAAAUUACACAUCAUAUAAAUCUGUAACAAUAAAAGAUGAAACUCAUAAACCUGUGAUUAAAUCAAACGAAAUGACUAAUGAUUUUAGUGAACAUUUACCUUCAAAUUAUAAUACAGGUUUGUAUAUAAAGAGUGAAGAACUAAGGAGAGUGGAUAAAAUUAAAGAACCAAUUGAGUUAUCUAAUACUCCAAUUUUAAAGGGAGACUUAGACCAUAAACAUAGACAAAUGAGUCCAAGCCCCCCAAGACACCAUCAUAUUCUAGCUCCUAGUACAGUUACAUCUAAACCACCAACUCACUAUCUUCCACGUACGAAAUGGCAUUUGAAACCAAUACCCACUGAUGAUGAGAUUCGUGAAAGAUUGAGGAGCUCUAGUCGCAAAAGACAAGAGGAACGUCAAUCCCGUUCUGUACAAAACUCUCAGUCUUCAGCUUAUCGUCCACGUAAUUCAAGAUCAGAUUCACGUUAUCGAUUUACAGAUUUAGAUUCAGCUAUAGCUGAGUCAAGAGCGGACACAAAUGAAGCCACAAAUCAAUUAAAUACAGAAAGUGAACCACAUUCGGAAGCAAGACAGUCUGCUUCAUUGUUUGAUUUAGAUGCUCAAAUUCAAAAAGCUAGAACACCAACCACACUAUCUUAUCAAUAUUCUUCUGGCGUAUAUAACAUUCAAAACGAAUCAAAUAAAUUAUUAACGAAGAAAUUUUUUGGUGAUACCAAAUCGUAUAGUUCUUUAUUAGAGACUGAUAUUGACACUGGUGAAAAUUUCAAACGACCGGUUAUUUUAGAAACUGACUUAGAUAAAUUAAAUACUCAAGUCAGUGACGGAUCAUUUGAUGCCGCAAUAAUUGAUACAUAUCAAGAUAGAACUCGUAGUUUAUACAACCUGGCAUACACACGUACUCCUGGGGCAUUCCGUCGUCAAAAAUCUAAUGAAUUCGGUGGAAAUACAGUAGAAACUAGUGAAGUUGAACUAAUUCAAUCACCAAAUGAUCAAUGGCAGAAAGCGAAAAGUUAUCAAGGUCUUGUUAAUGAUGAAGAAUCUGAUCUACAAAAAGUACCACCUCAAUAUGAAGUAGCAAGAUACAAAAAGAAAACAACAAGCGGUGGUGCACAAGGUUUGAUUGAUCGAUUAAAAGAGAAAGCGCGUUCAACACAUGAGUUAAGAAUAGCUCAAUCAUUAACAAAACUACAUAUUCCUGAAUGGUUAGAUAAGGCAAAUUGUUUACAAACCACAUCUGAUCUAAUAGCCACUAACACAGUUAAAGAAUAUAAUACAAACGAAAGAAGAACACAAUUCGAACAUGCGACUCAAAAGCAUUUUCCCAGCCCUUCGUAUACACCACGUACAAAUAAAGCACUAAUUUCAUCACUUCGAUCUUUAUCUAGUAUUUAUAAACCUAGUGAUAAUUCACUUACAAAUAUAUCGAAUUUAUCACAAAAAACAAUUGAAACAGUAGCUGAACCAAUAUGGCCAAAAUCAGAAAGUUUAAAUCCACCAAAUUUUGUCAGACCUAGUCAAUUAAUUAAACAAAAAUCUGGACAAAUCAAUAAUUAUCUACGUCCUAUUCAAUCAAAAUUAAAUAAUUCAAUGCGUUCAUUAAGUGCACAACGAUAUAAAUCGGUUGAAUCACAAGAUAUACGACCACAAGUUGCUCCAAGACAUAAUUAUACUAAAGGACAAGGUAAAUUAAUUGAAUUAAAUCCACAAGAUUUUAUACCAAAGUAUGAAAAACGAUGGUGUAAAGAGAAACUGAAUAGAUUUAAUCGUGCAACUACAGAACCACCAGAUAAAUAUGAUACUAAUAAAUCAGUAUUAUAUUUAGAUAAUAAUUCGAAAUUAGAUAUAAAUCAAUGUAAUUCAAUAAAGAAAAUUAAUUUGAUUUCAUCACCAAAUAUUAUAACACAUAAAUUUAAUAAUAAUUCAAAACCUACAGUAUCAUUAUCUAAUAUAAAAGAUGUUGAUCAUGAUUCAGGAACGGAAAAUUCAAAUGAGCAUCAAAUGAUUUCUUUUGAAGAAGAUCCAAAACAAUAUGAUGUAAAAUAUGAAAAUUUUACUACUACUACUACUACUACUACUACUACUACUACUACUAAUGUCUUCGUAAAACCAAAAGAAUAUUUAAAUCAAAAUAGUUUUGAAUCAAAGCAAUUCAUUCAAAAGAAUGCUAGUAGUAUUGAAAAUUGUCUUAGUUUAGAUGACUCAGAAAGUAAAGAAUCUUCUCAAAUGAUAAAUCCACCGGAUAAAGUUUCAUGUAAUGAACUAUACUCAGCAGAUGCAGAUGGUGAAACUGAAUCUGAAGUUACAGAUGGAUUUGAUCAAUUAUCUGAUUUAACUUGUUUAACUUCAUUACUUGAUACAUGUUCAUCAAGGCAUCGUAGUCUUCUUGCUAAUAGACCAUCAGCUCUUGAACAUUUAUUAAUAAGUGUUGGUUGGUGGCCUGUAUAUCCGGAGGCUGAACAUCGUUAUCUUCCUCCUACUGCUGCUGAAGCUAUUUCUAUAGCAGCUCAUGAAUUUGACAUAAAAGAAGAUUCUCAUCGUUAUGAAUACUUACAACUUAUUGCUGGACCAGACAGUUAUAAACCAUUAAAUUUAGGAGAAUUCGGAUUAAAUCAAUUGUCUGGAGCGAUCAUACGUCACCCAAUUGAUGGUUUACUAUAUAUAAGUUGUGGUAAAUCUACAUGCUCAACAAAACCCCUACCAGUAUCUCAAGCCAAUAAAUGGUGUGCAUGUGCCAAUUGUUUUACUUUAUAUUGUUCAAAUAAAUGUCGAGAAGAGUGUGAAAGUAAUCCAAGUGACCACCCUUCAACCUGUUCAUUUUCUAGAGCUAAACGUGUUUGUUGUCGUUUGUUGCGAAAUCUUGCUCCAGGUCAGAUUACAGGCCUUACAGCUCUUGCUAAAACUGGUAUGGCUCGUCUUGGAAGAGGUGGUAUACUCUUAUCAUUUUCACUAAUUAAACAUGCCGAAACAUUUUUACAACGAUCAUUAGAGCAUUCAUUUGUAAAUGAAGAAUUAGAUGAUACUUCUAUAGAAAAGGCGCUUCAUCAAUGGGAAAGAUUUCACCAACCGAGUCCAGGAGGUUUAAUGGCUCCUCCUACAUAUCUUACACUUAAUGAGCUGGAAGAAUUAGAUUCGAGUAUUGCUAAUCCAUGUAAAUCAUACAAUCCUUCUUCAAGUAUGGUUUUAAUUGUAGUUGUAUGCGCAUAUGAGCUGAUUGCUCGAAAGGAUGGUCGUCCAGUGCAUUUAUUUAAGCAAAGUUUAAUACUACCAUUCCCUUCUCAUUCAAAUUUAAGAAAUAAAAGUGAAGUUAUUACCUUGCAAAAUACACAACAUAUUGAAAAUCCUGAAAUAUCACAUGUAAACGUUACCACAAUAAAAAUGGAUAAACAAGCUAUAGCUGCUAGAGAAGCUUAUAUGCUUCGUUUACAACGUAUGCUUCGUGAACGUGGUGUUAGUUUAAGACAUCAUUAUCCAGAAAUUUAUACAAGAAUUGCAAAUUUUGUUGAAACUGGUAUACCAUUUAGUUCAAUACGAAUUACAUUUGAUGAUUUUUUAUUACAAAAACAAGUGAAUUGUAUAAUUCAACCAAUGAAAGAUUUGUAUAUAGAACCAGUUAAUAAUAAUAAUAAUAAUCAAUAUUUAAAAGAAACAGAAAUCAAUAAAUCUUCAACGAAUAUACAAUCAAAAUAUGUAAAAAGUCCUAAAUCGAAUGAAAUUGUUUUAAUGAAUAGAAAAAAAUUAACUGAAACUAAUUUCUAAUAAUUUUUUUUCAUUUUUUCUUUCUACAAUCGAAAAAAAAAUAAUGUUAAUUAAUUUAUUUCUAUAUUCAAUAAGUUUAUUAUGGGCUUAUACAAUGAUAAUUGAUCCUUACUUAAAUAGACAUGUAUUAUGUAACAAAAGCCUUAUAUUCAAAUCACUUCAAAUGAUUUCCUGAUCACUUCCAUAUACAUAACUUAUUCAAAUAACAAUAUUGUACGUUGAAUAAAUUCAAACAAUCUGCUUUAACAAAAUAUCGAUUUUUUUCUUAAAAAUUCCAACUGAAUUAUUAUUUUAUAGACAAAUGUUUUUUUUUUGUUUAAUUUAUUUCUUUAUUGUUUCUUUUUAUCCCGUUUUGUUUAAUUGUGUUAUAAAUUACUUCCAUGCUUAUUUAUUCGUUUGUUUGUUUUUCCAUCACUUUCAUUAAUUGAUCACUUAUAAAAUUGUUUAUAAUUCCUAUUCUCAUCAUCUCACUAUGAAAUGCUGAUUGUUUUUUAUAUGUAACAGUAAACUUAGUGCUUCCAUUUCAAUAACUAAUUAAUUAAAAUAAAUAAAGAGUUUUCAUUACAUUUAAUUUAUUCAUUAAAUAAAUUAUUAUUAUUACUAUUUAUGUUUUCUUGUUCAUAUUUCUUUUAUAUGCUUUAUUACGAACUAUUAAAAUGUAACAACGAAAAGUUCAAUACAAAAUGAUUACCAAAUGUAAAUAAAGUAUAAUUAGUACCUUCAAAAAAUGUAUCUUGAUAAGUUUAAGUUCUAUUUUAAUGUAAAUUUCUUAUUCUCUCUCUUCCUUUUAAAUAUCAAUGAAUUUUACACAUUGUGAUUUAUCAUCGCUUCACUGAGCCUUGCACUAUACUUCAAAUACUCAUUGGGAACUUUUAACGCAAAUAUUUGCUCAGAACUUUGUGAUUUAAUAUGAUUUUCUUUUCUUCUUUUUUUUUAAUUCACCUACAAUAUCGAUCAUGAAGUUCAUUUAAAGAAGAAGAAGAAGGAAAAACGUUUUUUUCUAAAAAAAAAUGUUCUUUGACUAUUUUCUUUUUCUGAUGUUAACUUUACACUUCUUUCUUUUUUAUUUUUUCUUCUUUUUUUUCUUCUAAUUAAUUCAAUAUUCGCAUUUCAUUGUUUAAAUUUCAGUUUUUUCUCAAAAAAAAUUAUUUUCUAAAAUAAUCUCUUUUAUGAUUUUUAAUUUAUCUAUUGUAUUCUAUUGUUAUCUUACUUGUAUAAUAAUAUUUAUUCAAAAGUAUGAGUAUAUAGGAAAUUUAUAACCAUUCUCAUUAUUAUUUACAAACUUCUACUUGUAUAUUCACAAAUACAUACGUAUAUAUUUAUGUGUAUGUAGAAGUUGUUUAUCUAAUUAACUACAAAUCUUGUGCACAAUGUCCAAAAACAAAAAAAAGAAGAGAUGUAUAGAUUAACUUUGACAACUGUUUUAACAAUGCCAAUCGAAUCUUUGACGAAAAUAAAAAUGAAAAAGUGCAAAUUUAAGAAGACUGUUUAGAAAGAAAAAAAAUGCAGAGAAGAGUGUAAAAGGUUAGUAUAGAAAAUACAUUUUCUUUCACCUACUACUCGUUUUUUUUGCUUUUGUUAAUUACAAUCGUAGAAAUUUGAUUUUUAUUUGUAUCGUCUUUUUCUAUAGUAUCCAAUGAGAUGAAUAUCAUGUGGCUUUCAUUAAUCUUUUGAAUAACUCUUAUCGAGAAACGUAUAUGUUGCAUGAAAUUUUGGUAGUGUUUUUCACUAUUUGAAAAGAGGUAAAGUGAUUCUAAUUAAAACUAAU